GCUAAGAGACGCUUUGUGUCCAUGUUCCCGAGGCUGCAGGGAGGAUAAUCCAAGGCAUAUGGACCGAUAAACAGCGAAACAUAGCUCGAUUAGCUUCAAGAGAGUUUUACCUGACAGAGACCGGAAGUCAUUCCAUGUAAUGGUCAAGUUAAGGGCGAGAUGUCUGCUGGUCGGAGAUGCUGCAGUGGGCAAAAGUGCUCUUUCCCAUAUGUUCUACAGCGAUGGCACUCUCUUCCAGAAGAAUUACAGCAUGACAACAGGCGUGGAGCUGCUGAUGAAGUGUAUCAACAUCCCAGCGACCAAUGACAGCGUGGAGCUCUACAUCAUAGACUCUGCAGGGAAGGAGACAUUAGUGGAUUCCUGUGAGAAAAUGUGGGGGGAACCUUCGCUGCUGUGCCUGGUUUUCGACCUGACCAGUGAGCAGUCUUUUGCUAACUGCAGCCGCUGGCUGGAACGAGUCCGUGCUCAUUGCCAGGGUCUCCAUGUUCCAGGUGUCCUGGUGGGCAACAAGUCAGAUCUGUCUGCUAGAAGAGAGGUACAGGCAUCUGUGGCCAAGGAAUGGGCCCAGAGUCAGGGACUGGAGUACCACGAGACCUCAGCUAAAGAGAUGGAAAACUGUGAUGCUCCUCUCCUCUGUUUAGCUCGGGCCUUCCAUUCUCUGUACCAAGAGCACCGUGAGACCAUCCAAAACCUUAAUCCAGGCUAGACCACCACCACCCUACCCCACUUACCACACACCUUGAUUUUUCACCAUUAGGAGGAUACAAAGUAUCUCUUCUGAGAGAAUUUCGUCAACUGAGAGCCUUUGAAACUCUUACAAAUUCAGAUAAUACACAGCAAAACCCUGUUUUCUACCACACAAGCAAAGGAAUAGCUUGUUCAGACAGAUAUUUUACUAUGACCACAAAUAAAGUUGUUUUUCUCUGAUAAUAAGUGAUUAGCCGUGUUCUCUCUUAUCCGUGUGUUUCAUCUGUGCUCAGAUAGUAGAGGUUUUCUUUCACAUCGAUGGUUGGGUGAUUACCAAAACCACAAUAGCACUUCAGCUCAUUGUGGGGGUGGGGGGUGUCUGUACCUCCUUUUUUCUUCUUACAACUCCUCUUCUGUCGCAGUGGUUGUUCCUGAUUUUAGGCAACGCAAAUGUUUGAUCUCCUCUUCUUAUUUUCUGCCUCUUCCACUCGCCCUCCUUAUCUUUUCUUUUUUUAUUUCCUGGCGUCAGCUUUGCCUCACUUGGCUGUUUGGGUUUUUUUGCAUUCACUGAAUGCUAUUUGCUGUUUCUUCUCUUUUCCAUUCAGUUUCUUUCUCCCGCUGUUCAUCUACUGCUUUCUCCCUUGCUGUGUUAACUCCCUGGCUGCAGCCCUCGCACAUCAUUUCAGUCAUGUCCCCUGUGCGGCGCUAACAACCAGUAAUCACCGUUCUAAUUAGCGCUCUCCCAUUCAAACCAGGUCAAAGCCAUGUCCUUGUUCUUUCUCUGCCUCUCAGACCAGCUGCUACCAUUCAAAUGAGGGCACACUGGUUUGAGGCAGACACAAUAGUUUUUAUCUCAUUAUGCACCACAUAUAAUAUCUGCAGCAUUUACUCAUGACGACUCUGUCCUGUUUUGGAGUCCAAACUGAGUCGCAGAAUUUGUUUUUUGUGUGGUCUUUUAAAAAUCGCAGCUGUGUUUAUUCCCCAAACAUAUGCAGUAACUGGAUAACACCUAAAGGAACUAAUCUGGAAACUUUAUCCCCUGCAAAAUGGUUUGUAGUGAAGUUCUUACCAGAAUCUGCAUUAAACAACUUAUAAUUGUUAUUGCAGCUUUUGUACUCAUUGAGUGGGUGAUUAUAAUUAUAGCAAUUAGGCUCUCUAUCCUUCUCAUUCUUUCUCUCCUUAUUGUUUUGUGUCUGUAAUUGGUAUGUGUGUUUGUGAGGGUGUCUGCAUGUGUUCUUUCUCUUUGUGCCCAACAAUGUGCACUUGCAUCUCCGUAAAUGUAUUGUGGCACUGGCAACUGCAGUUGGCUCUUCAAUGUGGAACCUGUAAUGUAAGUACUCGCGUGUGAUGGAUCUUUGGAAGUGUGAACUCAUAAACCUGGAAGGCUUGGGCUUGGUGGAGCCUUUUUGAAGCGUAAUUACGUGACUGUCUUCUGUUCUUCAUCUACAGAAGGACAACCUGGCUUAUUGUUGAUACAGAAAAUCGCUGUGUUCCCUUUAUAUUCAGGGGAGGGUAGACAUACUGUAGAAGUAGGAGGUCUAAAAAAAGUCUCUGUGGAAGGUAGGUCAUAGCUGCAGUAGCGGGUGUGUUCAUCUUUGGACUUAGUUCUGACUGCCAAAAACUGCAUUUGUCAGAUGGCCACUUGAGGUUUGAUGCAAAAAGAUUGACAUAGCUUUAGGGUCUGAAAAUUAAAGCCUCAAACCUCCAUCCCUUUUGAUGACUGUCAGGUGGGAGGGGGGGGUCCUCUGUUUCAAAAAGAAGUUGUAUUUAUUUUCCUCAUAUGGCAUCAUAUUGCUCAAGAACUGUCCAUCAUAUUUGGAUGUGAUGCAACCACCGGUUGCUAGGGAAAAUUUGUAUUGCCUGACUGGUUGGCAGUGGUUUCUGGAGGUUGCAGAGAAGGUGCUGCACAGUGAUUGUUUUGGUUGCUAGUAGAUUCCUAUGGUUGCCUGCAGUUUUUCAUGUUUCAUGCAAAUAUUAUGCAAGUAGUAGCCCAGUGAUAAUGAAACUUGAAAAAGUGCAACAAAAACUACAAAUGGCCCACAAAAAAAAGUUGUGUCUGUUGUCUACAGCUCUGAGGCACAGCUUUUACUUUGAAGGCGAAAUUUCUCCAUGUCAUGGUUUCACUGCAGCUCGGAGAGUAGCUGGACAGUGAUUGUGGCAAUGUGAUAGUGAUCAAAGCAACCACAAGGAGUUUUUUACCAACUGGUUGAGAAAUGCACAUUUUUCUCUAGUGAAAGGUUGUUCCCAGGGGAUCACUGAUUGGUCUGUAGCCCUGUGUGACUGGGACCAAUAUGACAGAUACCAGAUUGCAUGGAUGUGAUUAAAACAAAGAACUAAAAGGCUAUUUAUUUUAAGUGAAAGAAAGACGUUCAGUGCAAAACUGACCUCUGAGGGCUUUUAUGGAGCGCUGGCACACUGAGCCAGGGGUUGAAAACAAGCCACACCACCUCUCCAGUGGCUGCAGAUGAGACCUGCCACACAAACAGGCCACAGGUGGAGCGUCACAAAUCAUUUUUCCCCGUCACUGCUAUCAGCUUCCAGCAACCACUCACAAACGAUUAGGGAAUACUCAGUUUUUCCUUCACGACAGGUGGUAGCCUGAUGGUCAUGGACAGGCGUGUGUGACAGGGGCCUUACUCACUUGAAA